AUGUUCAAGAAACGGAGCGUGAAGCAGGAGCAGAAGCGAAAACGCGAGUCGGAGGAGACAGACGAUGUGGGCGAGGUGGUAAAGAAGGGCAAGACGGAAAAAAAAGGCCUUGACACCCCUGCGAUGGCGGAAGGCAAGAAAGAGAGCGAGCCUAACGUUAUCAGGCAGGAGAUCAAGAAAGAACAGGACGCGGAAAACCGAUCAGAGGACCAAGAGGACCAAUCUAAGGACAUUGCGGGAAAGAAACCGCAAAGAUACAACAUCAAACAAUUGUCCUCUAGCAUCAAGACCAACACAGUGAUAGAUUACCAACCAGAUGUUUGCAAGGACUUUCUUAAAAAUGGCUACUGCGGAUAUGGAGAUACGUGCAAGUUUUUGCACUACAGAGAUGAGUUUAAGGUGGUCAAGAACCCGAAAAAGAGAGAAUGGGAGGAGGUGAUGAAGAAGAAUAAAAGAUUCUAA